AUGGAGCUGUAUAGAGUGGGGGAGGCCUUCCUCCGCUCACCGCAGCCAUUGCUGCCCUUCCUCGCGCCAGCGGCAUACCAGCGAGCAACCGGGAGCACCAGAGUCGCCAAUGCAGUCUCACGGCAUUGCAGGUCACGACCCAUGCAGAGUCAAGCAUCACAGCCCUUCAGCACAUCCCUCCGGCGCAAUGAUCCCGCCCCAGCAGCAGCCGCCCGGGAGCCUCAAGUCAACCACAAUGGGCCAUCACGGGAUUCAUCCGACGACACCAUCUCUCGCCUCCUCGACUCCACCCUCGACUUCACCAAGGGCACCCCCGCCGCCCCUACUUCCCGCACGUCCCGCUUUAAAUCCUCCUCCGCCCAAGCCGAGCACAAAAUGGACUCCUACCGGCCAAGCUCCUCAAACAGCAGCCUCGAUGACCUGCUGGCCGCAAUAGGCAACCAACCUCCUUCACGAAACCGCCAAUCUACACCCUCAUCCCGUGGGAGCACGCAGAGUACAUACAUGUCCGACGAAGUGACACGCAUGCUCGACCCAAGCAAGAACAACGCCUUCCUCUCCCCAAAAUCUUCAUCGCGUGUAGGAGGCCCACCCCAAUCCAUCACCGCCCCCCCAGCGGACCGCACCCUACCCUUCAAACUCGGCCCGAGCGUCGGCCGGACCGUCACUGUAGACAACAAUAGAGGGAUGGACGUGGGUCGCGCGUUCAGGACGCUAGAGGUACAGUGUGCGCGCAACAGCGUGCGGAAGGACUUUAUGCGGCAGCGGUUUCAUGAGAGAGGAGGGUUGAAGCGGAAGAGGCUGAAGAGUGAGCGGUGGAGGCGACGGUUCAAGGAGAACUUCAGAGGGAUUGUGGCGAUGGUUGGGAGGAUGAGGAAGCAGGGGUGGUAG